UUUGACCACGGAGUCUCUCGGCAUCCGCCAUUAGAGCCCCUCUUCUGAGCCGAGCCGAGGGAUCUGUGGAGGCCUGAAAAAAAUUGAAAUUGUGUGUCCAGUCCGUGGUGGAAGUGCUGUUGCAACUGUUCCAGAACGGAUUACUUCUCAUCAGGCGGACAUCCUCUGGUGUCUGGACGUGACGUGUUCCUUGGCCGUAACCCCACGCGACACACAACCGCACAGACAUGUCUGUGGACAAGGAGGAACUGGUCCAGAGGGCGAAACUCGCGGAGCAGGCCGAGCGCUACGAUGACAUGGCCGCGGCCAUGAAGGCCGUCACAGAGACCGGCGUGGAGCUGUCGAACGAGGAGAGGAACCUGCUGUCCGUGGCGUACAAGAAUGUGGUCGGCGCCCGGAGAUCGUCCUGGAGAGUCAUCUCUUCAAUCGAGCAGAAGACUGAAGGGUCAGAACGCAAGCAGCAGAUGGCCAAGGAGUACAGAGAGAAGGUCGAGAAGGAACUGAGGGAGAUCUGCUACGACGUCCUGCAGGGUCUCUUAGACAAAUACCUGAUCCCCAAGGCCAGCAAUGCUGAAAGCAAAGUUUUCUACCUGAAGAUGAAGGGUGACUACUACAGGUAUCUAGCAGAGGUUGCCCAGGGUGAAAACAGAAACACUGUGGUGGACGAUUCCCAGAAAGCGUACCAGGAAGCGUUUGACAUAGCGAAGUCAAAGAUGCAGCCUACACACCCUAUCAGGCUUGGCCUGGCCCUGAACUUCUCUGUGUUCUAUUACGAGAUUAUCAAUUCCCCCGCACGGGCCUGCCAUUUGGCAAAACAGGCUUUCGACGACGCGAUCGCGGAGCUGGACACACUCAACGAGGAUUCAUACAAGGACUCCACCCUUAUUAUGCAGCUCCUGAGGGACAACCUUACACUCUGGACUUCCGACACACAAGGGGAUGCGGAUGAACCACAAGAAGGUGGCGAUAACUAAGCUUUCCUUCCUUAUCCCCUCCAUAAUUAAGUUUCACAAAAAAAAUAAUAAAAAUCAAGAAAACCGGAAAAUGUCAGUCUUUGUACGAAAAUGUGUACCUCCCUUCUAUGGUCCCAAAAGUCAAUGUUCCCUCCCAUGGCCUAUGUUUCCUAUCUGCUCUUUUUUAUGGUAUUGUAUCUCAGUGUCUCCUCCUCCUUUCCCAUCAUACAUCUGGGUCUCUUUUGGGAAGCAUUGUAUAUUCUCCCCAAUUGUAGGCUUAGUUGGUAUGUUUAUUUGUAAUUUGACAAAUGUACGCUGGCUCUGGAAAACGCAAAGCAGGUUCAGCAGUUGAGGGUAGGCCUACAGCAAAUUCCAGCAACGGUGUUUGUUCCAAAUUUAUUUCAAAAUUGCACUCUUUUAUUUCUAAACUGGUUUUACCUUCUCUAAGUCCUUGUAUAUGAAUUUUAAACCACGAAAAUAAAUAAAACACUCAACCAAGAUUGUAUUUCUUCAAUGUUGUCUUUUUUUUCUACUUGUCCUGUUUUGCAGUAAGAAUUUGUUCACAUGCUGUCCCUUCCUGAAAUUGUUCCUCUCUUGACCUGCAUCAUCUGCUUAUAAAAAAAUCUUUGUUAAUUGUGUGUCUAUGGUAGUGCAAGGGUAUUUUAAGGAACAUGCUAAAGCUGGGAAAAGAUUGGAGGAAGCAAUUUAUUGAAGCUUUACCACUUUUAUGAAGGAACAAGUUCUUGGACAUGAGCCUUAAUUCUAACUGGAGGAGCUGAUUUGUUCUGUGUGCUAGUUAUUUGUAUGUCAAUUGUCUUCAGGAUGUAAGUUUCUCCAUUUCAUUCUUGUGGAAUGUUAUAUACAUUGAAGCUAUUACCUGUCACUUUAAACUCUGGAGUAGUUGAGCUGGAUGUGCAUCAUUUCAAUGUGUUUGUUGUUUAUGAUUUAUGCAUUUUUAUCAAUUUUUCUAUUUUAACCUUUGGCUAUGGAAUAGCAUGCGUCUCUAAAUGUCUUUCAAUGUCCGAAAACAGCUUGUUCCAUCUAGAUUUUCUCUGGGUUGGUAAUUUUUGGGAAGUUUUUUUUUUUUUUCCUUUUAUUAAAAAAUUGAAGUUUGUUGGAAUAUAUUUGGAAACUUUUUCAUUUAUUUAUUUCCUGUGGCAGCAUUGUGUUAAAGGAAUAAUGGGCAGUGUUGAGCAAAUGUUUGCCAUUUCCAUAUGUGUGUGUGAGAGCAAGUUAAGGGCUUCUAGAUGUUCCUUUCUAUGCCUUUCUAUUUUUUUACACUUUUGUUACUGCCCACUUAGUGCAGAUUUCAUCUUGGAUGUACGAACCUUAAUUACUUACUUAGAUUAGUUUCAUUUGUUAUUCUCUGAGAAGAAAGAAAGAAAGGGAGAGGAGGCUGUUAUGCGAACUAAAAUUGUCAAGAGCAUCAUGAAUACAUUUUAAACACACCCAUUAUUUCUCGGUUUUUACAUUUUAUUUACAAUAAAAUGUUUCUUUUAUA